CCAAGAUGGCGGCAGCGAUGGCGGCGGUGGCGGGCGGUGCGUGAGAGCUCCCGCGGCCCCCCGGCCCCGGCGGGAUGUGCGAGACCUACUCCCGCUGGCUGCUGCGGGUGUCGGUGGCGCAGAUCUGCCAGGCCCUGGGCUGGGACUCGGUGCAGGUAUCGGCCUGCGACCUCCUCACCGACGUGCUGCAGCGGUACCUGCAGGGGCUGGGCCGGGGCUGCCACCGCUACUGCGAGCUCUAUGGCCGCACAGAUCCAAUUUUGGAUGACGUAGGCGAUGCCUUCAAGCUUAUGGGGGUUAACCUGCAUGAGCUGGAAGAUUACAUACACAAUAUUGAACCUGUCACUUUUGCACAUCAAAUCCCUUCGUUCCCUGUCAGCAAGAACAAUGUCCUCCAGUUCCCCCAGCUGGGAAGUAAGGAUGCAGAAGAGAGGAAGGAGUACAUCCCUGAUUACCUGCCACCUAUUGUCUCCUCUCAAGAAGAAGAGGAAGAGGAGCAGGUUCCUACCGAUGGAGGUACAUCUGCAGAGGCCAUGCAGGUCCCACUGGAAGAAGAAGGAGAUAUGGAAGAGGAUGAGACAAUUAAUGAUGAGAACUACUUAAGCAAGAGACCAUUAGAAAGUCCUGAUGCUGAGGAAUUCCCACCUGUGAAAAGGCCAAAACUGUCUGUUUCCAAAGGGGACCCCUUGGACGGAACUGUGGAACCACGUGAGCCUCUUAGCUCAAUAAAUACACAAAAAGUACCACCAAUGCUUUCUCCAGUUCACGUUCAGGACAGUACAGACUUAGCCCCCCCUUCGCCAGAACCACCUAUGUUGGCUCCCAUUGCAAAAUCCCAAGUGCCGACCCCCAAAACUUCAGAGGCAAAGCCGUUUGUACCCAAAACAAAGUCCAAAACAAGUUCUCCAGGACAAAAGACAAAAUCGCCGAAAACUACACCCUCACCAGUGGUAGCUGGGAGUCCCAUUCGUUCACCAAAAACUGGAUCCAAAGAGAAAAAAUCACCAGGUCGCGCCAAGAGCCCAAAAAGUCCCAAAAGUCCAAAGGUUCCUGCUCAUGUUCCGCAACCACCUGUGAAGCCUGAAACACCAAGUAAAACCCCUCUGGCUGCAUUGAGUGAGAAGAUAGGAAAGGAAAAUAUUCAAGUGAAACAGGGACAGACACCACCUGAGCCUGCCCCCAAGCCAAAUAUGGACAACCAGGUGAAGAAAGUCCCCGUCAUGGACAAAACUAUUGAUGAUUCGAUCGAUGCUGUGAUUGCUCGUGCGUGUGCAGAACGGGAACCGGAUCCCUUCGAGUUUUCCUCCGGGUCUGAAUCAGAAGGGGAAAUUUUUACCAGUCCUAAAAGACUUUCUAUAUCUGAGUCUACAACUCCUAAACCUUCUGUUCCUGCCAAUAAUGCAAAUAAGGCAGGAGGAACUCCAAUACCUGCCUCAGGUGGGACUUCAAGUUCAGACAUUUCAUGGACAAUGGAUGACUCCAUUGAUGAGGUCAUUCGGAAGGCAAACAUGGGGACACCUUCUAAUCCACCUACCAACUUCACUUAUUUUUCCUCUCCUUCUGCUUCACCUCCAACUCCAGAGCCUCUUCUCAAAGUCUAUGAGGAGAAAACCAAGUUGGCUUCAUCAACAGAAGUGAAAAAGAAAUUGAAAAAAGAGCUGAAAACUAAAAUGAAGAAGAAAGAAAAACAAAAAGAAAAAGAUAAAGAGAAGAACAAGGAGAAAAAUAAGGAGAAGGAAAAGAACAAGGAGAAAGAUAAAGACAGGGAAGGAAACAAGGAAGCAAAGUUUCAGUGGAAGGAACUACUCAAAGAGGAUGAUCCUGAUCUGUAUAAAUUCAAACUAAAGGACUUUGAGGAUGCUGACACAAAAGUAAAGUUGAAAGAUGGCAAUACCAAAAAAGAGAGAGAAAAACAUAAAGAUAAAAAGAAAGAGAAAGAGAAAGGCAAAAAGGACAAGGAUAAAAAAGACAAAGAGAAACUCAAAGAUAAGAGUAAGGAAGAUAAGAUAAAGGUGCCAUCAGCACCUCUUGUGUUACCUCCCAAAGAAAUGUCUAUGCCCUUGUUCAGCACACCAUGUGCCAUGAGGCUUCCCAGCAUGUUACCUUCCUUGUCUCCCAUGCUACCUGAGAAACUAUUUGAGGACAAGGAGAAACCAAAAGAGAAGAAGAAGGACAAAAAAGAGAAGAAGAAAAAGAAAGAAAGGGAGAAGGACAAAGAAAAGGAAAAGAAGGAGAAGGAAAAGGAGAGGAAAGAAAGAGAAAAGAAGGAGAAAGAAAAGGAGAAACACAAACAUGAAAAGAUAAAGGUGGAACCAGUUGUUCCAGCUCCAUCACCGGUUAUUCCUCGGCUGACUUUAAGAGUGGGCGCAGGCCAAGACAAGAUAGUCAUCAGCAAAGUGGUGUCAGCUCCAGAGGGCAAACCUUCCGCUCCCGCGGUGCGGCCCAAAACACCUCCGCCUGUGCCGUCACCGGUGCCAGCUCCCGUUCACGUCACCCCUCCUCCGGCUCCAGCUCCUCCUCCUCCACAGGCUACCAUCUCACCAGUCCUGAUCCCACCACCCUCUCCAGCUGUGUCAGCAGCUGGAGGCUCCAAAGCUCCCGUUCGGAGCGUGGUGACCGAGACCGUCAGUACUUACGUGAUCCGAGACGAGUGGGGUAACCAGAUCUGGAUCUGUCCUGGCUGUAACAAGCCAGAUGAUGGCAGUCCAAUGAUAGGUUGUGAUGACUGCGAUGAUUGGUAUCACUGGCCUUGUGUUGGGCUUACGGCUGCACCCCCAGAAGAGAUGCAGUGGUUCUGCUCCAAGUGUGCCAACAAAAGGAAGGAUAAAAAACACAAGAAGAGGAAGCACAGGGCGCACUGAAGGCUUGGCAGGGGACUGAAGUUGUGCGGUCACCGCGGCACCUCCCGCCCCGACUCGGCUGCAGGAGGGAUCCACCCUGCCCGCGUCCCCCCGCGGCUGCCAGGGUUGUGUCUCUGCAGUGAAUCAGGGGCGAGGAGAUGCCCUUGGUCAGGGGCUGUUGGGUUUCACAGACCGUCCGAGCCCGGGGCAUUGGAUUUUGGUACAUUCUGAUGCCAUUUCUUUCCUCUGCCAAGGGGAAUUUGCACAGAGCGCUGUGAAGACUUCGGUGGUUCCUGGGACCGCUCCCGCUCCUGUGGCUCGGCAGCAACAUGGAUGAAUGUUGUAAAUACAGAUAUCUGUCCUCUUCUUUCUCGAUUUCUUAUUAAUCCCUCUUGAACCUUUGCAGUAAGGUGCUGAGAGGAGGAGAAAAUGUAAAUUGCAGUAAGUUGUAAACUGAGACAACCUUCUGGAAUGAUUUCUGUAGUUUGGAUACAGUUCAGCCUCGACUCUUGCUGAGCCAGAUAAUCAUAAUGUGGAAAUAAAAAGUGGCUGGUAAAUAUUUUUGUGAUGAGAAUAUAUGAAGCUUUUUUCCUUGAUUUUUAGU